CCUCACUGUCUCCAGGAUCACAGACACCUUGGACUUGUCUGGGCCGUCCACUAUCUGGGGUGACAAUCAUUUCACAAUCAACACAAAGGACACACAACUUGGACAUCAUCCAGGCUGUAACACACCGAGGAGAACCUCUGAGGAACCCUGACACAGACCUGGAGACUUCGUUGACAAAUCUAUCAACUCACAGCUUGUGUCUUUCUUAUCUGAGGACAAUCACCGGUUUGAUUCUUCAAACACACAUCAUGAAGUCUCGCCGGCCCAGCUGCACCGACUCCGGAUCAGAGUCCUCAGAACUAGAUUCCAAGAGUCCGGAGAAGUAUGAGACCACCACCAGGCGACGGUCGGCUGCCAACGCCAGAGAGAGAAAGAGGAUGGAGGGUUUGAACACGGCCUUUGAUCGCUUACGUAAAGUGGUCCCCCAGUGGGGCCAGGACAAAAAACUCUCCAAGUAUGAAACCUUGCAGAUGGCCCUCAGCUACAUCAUGGCCCUCAACCGGAUCCUGACAGACGCCAGGAGGCACAACGCUCCUCACAGGCAGUGGCUGGACCUGCAGUUUGACUGUGUGCAGCCUGAGAGCUACCCCUGCCUCAUGAGGUACGACUCCCCGACGGAACAGGAGUACAUCCAGUCAUCGUUCUCGUACCAGUUUGACGGACAUCAGGUCCAAGCAUAAACUGCAGCCAUUUGUUGGUUGUAAUCAGUCAUGUUGCGUGUGACAAUGUGAAUUAUUUCUCCUCCAAUCUAGGAGACAGUAAAUACAUGUGUAUUGCAUUAUUUUAUUUUAUUUUAAUUUAUAUAGUAUUUCUUUGACAAUCAAAAAUGUUUCUGUUGAAGUUUGAAGCCUGUGGUCUUUUUUUGCUAGGAAACCCAGCCGCAUGUUGAGCAGCGUUUUGUUCAAAGUGUAGCACUAGUGUCAUUUUAAUGACCAUUAGAUUGUAUUGAAGACAAUGGUGUGUUUUUAUCAGUUAUUUUGAUAGAGCCCUAAAAUGUUGUGCAAUGUGAGAUGGAUUGUGAGAAAAUGAUUGUGGUUUAGUUGCAUAGUUAAAGUCAAUAUGUAACUAUUCUGUCAAAGUGUAAGAACAAUGUUUGUAGAGUUGAAAAAUAGAUGUUAUUUUCACAUGCA